AUGGCCUCUUCUGCAUUCAAGCGCCUUGUGCGCUUCGUUCCUAAAUCAGCGCCCUCAAGCAUCUUGAUCGGAGAGCCUGUGCAAGCUUCUCUUGAUGUGGGCUUGGCAUCUCGCGAAGGUAAAGAUAUUGCUGUCAAUGUCUUUUCAGGACGGUCUGUCUUGUCGCCUGGUUCUCGAACAGACCGCACGGAAUCUGUUGAACGACUCUUGUCGCCCUUGGCGCAGGAGGAGGUUGGCACUAUCCGAUGUAUCGGAUUGAACUACGUUCAGCAUGCGAAGGAGGUCAAGAUGGACAUCCCUACAAUUCCUACGCUGUUCCUUAAGCCCAACACAUCACUUGGCGAUCCCUGGCCAGCUCCCACUCUCCUCCCCAGAAUCACUCAAAACGACGGAAGUGGUGACUUCGAGUCUGAACUGGCUGUCGUGAUUGGCAAAGCAGCCAAGAAUGUGUCUGAGGAGGAUGCCAUGGACUACGUACUUGGCUUCACGGCAGCCAAUGAUGUCUCAAGCCGAGUCUCUCAACUAAACCAGUCGCAGUGGUGUUUCUCCAAGGGCUUUGAUGGAGCUUGCCCUAUCGGGCCAACUUUGGUGUCGACCUCGGAGAUUCCAGAUCCUUCCAAGCUUCACAUCCGGGGUCUGAAGAACGGCAAGGUCAUGCAAGAUUGCUCACUGGAGUAUGUUCCACCAUUUCCACCUCUUCCAAGAGCUUAUUACCUAACAUUAGCCAGCGAUCUUAUCUUCAGUGUUCCCAAACUGGUCAGCUUCCUAUCACAAGGAACAACCCUUCCUGCAGGCACCGUCAUCAUCACUGGUACACCAGCUGGCGUAGGCAUGGGUAGAAACCCCAAGGAGACUCUUUCCCAUGGCGAUGAGUUCAGAGUUGAGAUCCUGCCACAUAUCGGGACAUUGGUCAACACCUUUGAGAACGAGUAG